GACAAACAUAAAGAACGGAAGGAGAAAAAGGAGAAACAUAAAGAUAGGAAAGACAAGGAUCGAGAUAAAGAAAAGAGCAGAACUUCAGAGGACAGAAAAUCUACUGGUGUUUUGCCGAACAGCGGGGACAAAGAAAAACUUAUAACAAAUACCUUGCAGAGUAAUGGUAAUGGAGAUUCUAAGUUUAUUCAGGACCUGGCAAGAAGGAUCAGAGAUGAAGAAGCUACAGAAAGUCAAAGUCUACGAAAAAUUGAUUUUUCUUGUGGAGUUACAGAGAACAAAAAUUCCUACCCAGUGCCUCAAACCAACCAUACGCAAGUUGACGAAAAGAGAAUCAGUACCCAUAAGAAUUCUGCUCCCGCAAAAAGGUCUGAAAGUGCGGUUCUCCGAGUAUCAUCUUGCAUAGAUCAGAAAGGAGCUGAAGUUUUAAUUAAACCAGUGGAUAAAAAAGAGCAGGCAAAGAGAGAAGAACUACUAGAGAAGAAUCACCACAGGGAAAGUGCGACAAAGAGUGAUAAGCCAUUAAACAGCAGAGGGUUAAAGAAAAGUGAAUCGAACAACAUAACAAAUAGGAUUAGUAAAGAGAAGAAUGCAGAGGUGAUGAACAAAAAUGUUAUGGAGAAACCAAAGUUUGUAGAGGGAGGGCCUAGAUUAAAAGGGAGAGAAUAUGACGUUGUGGAUAAUGGGGAUUUCAGAGUGUUGGACCUUCCAAAGGCAGGCGUCAGGAACUUUACGGUGGAGGGAAUUCUUGGCAAACGGAAGGAUCUUGAGACAAAUGGUUUGUUGUAUGAGAAUGGGUCUAGGCCAAACAAGACAGCUAUGCCAGUUGGUUCAUCUGUGUCAUCCAUGGAAAACGGAAGAAACCCAGGACCAUGUCAAAUUCAUCCGAAGCUACCAAAGCCUGUUUCUGAGUUGCAAGAAACAAUGUAUAAUCCAGAGGUCAAGCAGCAUAAGAUUAACGGGUUCAUUCUUUCUCAAGAACUCAAAUGUCAUUCACCGGUUUCUUCAGUGAAAGUAAAAGAUUUUGGUGAAGCAUCUGCAAUAAAACGGCCUCAUCCGGACUUAGAGUGUUUGAAUCAGAUAUUGAAUGUACCUAAAAGGGAGGAAUUGCAUGGGGUUGAUGAUGAUGAACAAGAGUGGUUAUAUGGUCAGUCAGGUGUGAAAUUAUUAAAGCAAAGAGCAGGUUAUGCUAAUUCAUUGGUUGAGACUCCUAAAGUUUGGAACCAGGCUCUUAGAAUAGAAUCCGCUGAUAUAUUAGCUUUUCCCUAUGUUGUUCCAUUCUAGUUUAGACGACAUUCCAGAUGUUCAUUGACAUCAACACAAAAGUAAGAUCAUCCCUCUCAUCAUAUUGCAGCUACUCUUGCUUGAUUUAGAAUCCCAAUGACGGUUAAUGCAUCGAUAACCUGGGAAAAACUGGAAUGCGAGAUGUUGCAGUAUGAAUGGUUUGGCUUCAUGAGAUGAGAGAGGCAUCCCUAGUAGAGCGAUUCGAGUCAGUAAGUAGGUUUUAGAGUAAAAUCAUCUUGAGAGUGUGAUUGUUGGAAAUGAGAUUUUCUGUAAGAAGGAUCCGAUAGACGUUUGGUUCAGUUUUGAUUCUGCUGUGUCAUCACCAGUAGAUGGCUUUAGCAUUAAGUUGUAUAUUAGAGAAGAUAUAGAGAAUAGGGGAGAGAUCUUAUCAGUUACCCGCUAAUACAUUACAUUUGUAUCUACUUUGUUUAUCUGUUUGGGGGUCAAAAUUAUUCUUGGAAAUCUAUACAAAUCUUGGUCUUCCUUUGUGUUCU